AUGGUAAAGGGAAAACGGAACGUCGCUCUUUAUAGGAAUGGGCCUGUUAUUGACCUCACCCUUGACGAUGCCGACAAUCGUGCAUCGAUCCCGGGGCCCACCCAUACUAUUGCUCCGCCAACUCCUGCUUCUAUCCCUGAGCACCGUCCAAGGCAUUCUUUCAGUUCUUUUUUUUCUCACCAAGAAAAUAGCGGGCAACAAAGCCAGGACGACGAGUGGUUAGCCCUAAGCAUCGCUCGGGUCGUAACGCCCCCAAAGGCGCCCUCUGUUGCUUCUCAGAAUCUCGCCAUAAUCCCCCCUCUCGCAUUUGACAGAAAUCUUCCCAAAAUUUCCUCUCCUCAGCCUGUGGACCCUCUCAAAGAUAACCAUGGUUUGCCAGAGGACAGCGUCGUCCCCACAUCUCAGUCGCAGGAAAUUUGCUUAAGCCAACUUUCUCCUCGAAAAAUUCGCGCCGGCCUUCUGUUCAGCUCAUAUAUACCCAAGCCCUGUCCCCUAGACAUCGUCCCCACAUCACAGAGCCAGAGCGAAGUAGAGAUCACCAGUACUGAGGACAUAUCGUGGAUCACGUCUCGAUCUCUCGACAGGAACUUCGUUCGAUCCGUUUCAUCUAAAACCUUGCAUGCACUGGGACCGUCCCAGUCUGAUCCAGGCUUGGACAUCACCCAUUUUUUCGAAGACGAUGAUAACACCAACAAAGGAGUUAACCUACCUGCUACGCAGUGUACUUCCUCGACGGAUUCAGACCCUGAAUAUGAUGACAACCCUUUCUCCACGAAUCCCGCAGACCGGCCACCCAUAAAUCUUACACAGAACUCGUCUGCAACAGAGUCGGACCCAGAUUACGAUGCCUACCCCUUUUCCACGAAUCCUGCGGACCGACCAACUGUAGAAGAAGAUGGAGACACUACCAUCGUUGUGACCGGGAGCAGGACAUGUCCUACGCAAAGCGAGGGAAGUCUUCCUAAUAUCGUCAAGGAUUUCCGGGAUAUGUUCGGUGUUGGAGAUGGAAGCUAUCCUGACGAUUUUCCGAUGUCGCUGCGAUAGUAAUAGCAACAUACUAGCCGAUUCAGACAUAUGUUUUCUUGCAUUAGGAUAAUCUCUAUCAUUGGCUUAUUCAGAUUCACGCUGUGCAUUUCGAAUCAUAAUUAUGACGCAUGGGUCAUCCGCUUUUUUAUAUUAGUAUACUUUCCUGCCAAGUAGUGCCAUGCGCCUUUGUUUAGCGCUAUGAAAAGAAUCACGUAGCUGUAUGAUACGAAGUAUUGGACCGAGACCUGCCGAGACAUAACUCUCUGUUGUC